AUCCAAGACCGAGUGAUUAAUUUGAAUACACGUACUACAAGAUUUUGUUGAUAUGCAACCAAUGAACCAUAAUUUUUUUUUGUAGAAAUUGAGCUAAAGACCCAGAAACUCCCUCCAAUUUGAGAGUGGGACUCUAAAAAUGAUGAACUGCGGGGUUAAAUCUUCAGUUUCCUCGCAAUCUCGUUGUUCAUCAUUCUAUUCCCUUGUUCAAAAUCGUAAGUUAUGCUCAAAUUCCCAUUUUUCUUCUCUUUUGAUUCAUAAUUACCGACACAUUCAUCUUCCUAAUUGUCCUCACCUUUCUCUCUCCUCUCGCUCUCAAUCUCCUAAACCCAUUUUCUGCAGCAAUUCCCCUGGUUCUGGUGAAAGUGACAGCAAAACUGUCCUUGAUGCAUUUUUCCUGGGAAAAGCUCUUGGUGAAGCACUAACUGAAAGAAUUGAAUCUACCGUUGGUGAGAUUCUGAGCACCGUCGGCAGGUUGCAAGCUGAGCAACAAAAGCAAGUUCAGGAAUUUCAGGACGAUGUGCUCGAAAGAGCCAAAAGAGCUAAGGAAAAAGCAGCUCGUGAAGCCCUGGAAGAGCAAGGACGACUCCUUCCAAACUCUAACACAAAGAAUUCAGCAGAAAGAAAUGUUGCUAGUUCGAGUGCUACAAUUUCACGAAUUGACCCCAUGAAUCCAGCUAUGCCAAUACGUGUGGUUAAUCCAUAUGGCUCUACGUCAAAUGGAGAUGAAAAUAGCAAUGUUUCGGAUUCUGUAUAUAGCAUAACAAUAGAUGAUUGAUUCUUGCCUAGUGAAAUAUGUUAGAAAGAUGCACUAGUUUUCUUGGAAUGUUCAACAGAAGGUUUGAAUUCACCUUUUUAAAUAGAUUCAUAAGAACUUGUGAUAAUACAAAGUAUAUGUUAAUGUUACUUGUUACUUCGUACUCCAUAUAUGGUUUUGCAUAAUUAUUUAAUAAGGCCAUGAGCCGCUUGUUUGUUCAUCA